AAUCAUGUCUGUGGUGUUACAACAAUGGAUGUCGCCCCUUUAAGAAAAGGGGGAAGUCUAUUUGGCCUACUUCCUGUGUGUAAAGCUCAUUGCAGGUGCUGGUUGAUCUGAGGGGUGCAUGCUGCUGCAUUUUAAACUCUGAGUACAUCCCACAAAAAUGAUUGCCUCCAAUAAGGUAUCCCUAUACGUCAAAGCAUUUUUUAUCACCGUUGUUUUCAGCAUUAUCUCGCUGUUUAUGUUCCUCCAACACGCCGCGAUCAUUGUAGAAGACAGCCGUCUGUGUGCAUGUGACAGGUGUGUAAGGGAUCUGAAGGAUGACGACUGGUUUCUUAAACGAUUCAAUCCGACAAUUCAAACUAUGAUGAACAAGAACAACAGGAUGUUAAAGAAAGACGUCUACAGGUGGUGGAAAGGUCUACAACCCAUUUCCUCAAAGCAAGCCUUUGAAGAUGUGGUGGACACAUUGUUUGAGCUCUUCCCAGAUGAAGACCACUACGUAGAGACGAAUUUAUAUCGCUGCCGAACUUGCGCCGUGGUCGGAAACUCAGGAAAUCUUCUAAAAUCCCAUUAUGGGGAACUGAUAGAUAACCACGACUUUGUGUUAAGGAUCAAUAAGGGGCCAACAAAAGGUUAUGAGCGAGAUGUGGGUUCAAAGACCACUCACAGGAUUAUUUACCCUGAGAGCGCUGUGAAUUUGGGCAACUUGACCCAUCUGGUUCUUGUGCCUUUUAAGAUCCUGGACCUGCGCUGGCUCAUCAGUGUCUUCACCACUAAACACAUUAAAAGAACUUACAAACAAGUGCAGAGUACAGUAGAUGCAGACAUUGACAGGGUGAUGAUCGUCCAUCCUGCAUUUAUAAAAUAUGUCUAUGAUAGCUGGGCAGAGAAGCAUGGCAGAUAUCCAUCAACCGGCUUCCUUACACUAAUACUGGCCCUUCACAUCUGUGAUAAGGUUGAUGUUUUUGGGUUUGGAGCUCAAAGCAAUGGAAGAUGGCAUCAUUAUUUUGACAAAAGUUUGAAUCACUUUUCCAGAGGCAUGCAUGGCGGAGAUUUCGAAAAUGAAACUAUGCAUGAGCUUCUGUUGAGGAACAAAAUUUGUAUGUAUAAAGGGUUAUAAUGGACAAUAAAGUUCAGUAUACAUUUUCAAAAACCAAUCACACAAUUAAUUUUAUGUGACCUAAAAUUGCAUAAAACUUGGGGAUCAUGUUUGUAUAUAAUAUAACGUAGUCCUGAAAGUGUCGGUUGUGUAAUGUACGUAUGUUGUAUUUAGUUUUAAUUAAUGUUGCAAAUAUAAGUGGCUGAAAAUACUGCAAGCACAAUAAAUAAAAUGAUUUCAGGCAUUGAAUUUGGGACAACAUGCAUUUCUACCAAACAUCUACACUCAACUAAAGGAUUAUUAGGAACACCAUACUAAUGUGUUUGACUGCCCUAGUUCUA